CUCCCGCCCGCCCCAGCAGGAACUAGUCGCACUGCACCGAGUGUGAGGUUGGGCCUCGUCUGCUCCUGAAAGCCUCGCGAGGCUUCGGGUAGCGUUCUUUCUGAGGGCGUUCCGGGGGCCAGGCGCACUGGUCGAGGGCCAGGAUGGCGUUCGGAGCGGUUCGCUGCUUUGUAUUGGCACCCCUCCGAUCCGUGGCUCUCCGGAGGGGACCGACCUUGAAGAAAGAUGGCGGUAUCUCCGCCGGACUGGGCGGCUCAGGCCGAAGCCUGGUUCCGUCGAGGUCAGUCAUCGUUACUCGCAGCGGCGCCAUUUUGCCCAAACCGGUGAAAAUGUCCUUCGGCCUCCUCCGUGUGUUCUCCAUUGUGAUCCCCUUUCUCUAUGUUGGGACGCUCAUUAGCAAGAACUUUGCUGCUCUACUUGAGGAGCACGACAUUUUUGUCCCAGAGGACGACGAUGAUGACGACUAACAGGUCAGGGAGGAAGUACAGGAAAGAGAAGGCACUAACUGAAUUAAGAAAUGGUGAUGCUUACAGCUUCUCCUCCUUGCCUGUCAGCCAGAAGGGCCCAGGGAAAACCCUCAGCCUCCCAACUCCAGGGAAGCCGCCUACACGGUCUGUGACCACAGCCCAGAGUCCCAGGCUCUGGGAGGUUCCCUGAGAUGAGAUGUGCGGUCCACUGAGCAUAAUCAAAUGAUGAAUAAACAUGAUAAACU